GGAACAGACUCUCACCCUCCACUCCUGACAACAUGACCCACACCUGUCAGCCAAGCUGCUGCAAGACCACCUGCUGCAGGACCAGCAGCUCUGAAUCCAGCUCUGAAUCCAGCUGCCCUGUGCUCAUCUGCUGCCAGCCUUGCUGCACCCCGACUUGGUGCAGCAUUCCCUGCUGCUGCAAGUCUGUCUGCUGCCACAGCACCAAAACUGUCAACAGCUCUUCCCAGCUGUGCUGCCCACCAGCCUGCUGUGACACUGCCUGCUGUGACAGCAAAUGUUGCAAACCAACCUGUGUGAGCAUCUGCUGCAGCACACCCUGCUGCCAGCCCAGCUGCUGCGUGCCCAGCUGCUGCGUGCCCAGCUGCUGCCAGCCCAGCUGCUGCCAGCUCUGCUUCCUACCAACUUGCUGUGAAACCAGCUGCUGCAAGACCACCUCGAUUAAACCCACCUGUGUGGUCCUUGGCUGCAGCACGCCCUGCUGCCAGCCCUGCUGUGUGUGCCCACCUGAGGAUGAUGACCAGUUCCCAAAGGAGCCAACAGCAGCAGCCGCCACACCAUGUGGCCACAAAGCCACCUCUUAAGCUUUGCCUGGCCAACUUCAUGUUAUCACCAGGAGACCUGACAAAUGUAGUCUUUCUUAAGAGAUGAAAUACUUUGAGGAAGGAUGGAGUCCCUCAUCCUCACCCUCUCAUCUCCAGAGAUUGUUUUCCUGAACGGCUGGUGUGAAGAUUUGGCAUCAAUUUAAGUUCCGAGCCAGAAUCUUUACAUCUCUCACCAAAGAACUUCGCAAAAAAAAUCUUUAUUUAACCUGUAUUUUCUUCUGAGUUACCCCAAUUUCUGUGUAUGCUUUUUCUUCUUUCUGCUCACUUCUGAUUUGUAUCACUAGAAACAAGCAAUUUUAAUAAACUCUCUGCUGUCAUUCAUUCCACAUUG